AUGUCCGCCGAAACUCUCUACGCUGCGUAUGUCCCGCAGGUCCAAGACGGCCUGGAAGUCCUCAAAGGUCUUCUGACCAAAGCCCAAUCCCAUGGUCUUUCCGACUCCGCAAUCCUUGAGGCCCGUAUCAUCGACGAUAUGUGGCCGCUCGCCCGCCAAAUCGCCAUGUGCGUCGCCACCACAACCCUCGUCAAAGUCGGCGCAAUUUCCGAAGCAUCGGUCCCGAAAUACGACUCCUUUGACCCAACGUCCGUGGCCGAUGCGCUGGCGCGGAUUGCGGAUGUCGAGAAGGUAUUGGCGGGAGUGAAGGAGGAAGGCUUCGCGCAGAGCGAGGGCAAGGUGUGGGUGAAGUGGUUCGGAGGCCCGCACGAGUUGGAGAAGAAGGACUAUGUGAUGAGGUUUGCGGUGCCGAAUUUCUACUUUCACUUGAGUAUGGUGUAUGCGAUUCUGAGGAAGGAGGGGGUGAACGUGGGGAAGAAGGACUUUGUGCUCUUGGGGGAGGAGACGAGGGUUGAAGGAGAAGGGUACCCUUUGUAA